AUGUUUGGGUAAUAUUUAAUUAUAGUCUACUCAUUCUUUAAUGUACUUUCGGUAAAGAUUGCUUCCAAUUCAUUCCUCAUAACCAAAACCCUCGAAUAAUCCAAUUUUAUUAGCUAAUAUGAAGGCAUUGAUGUAUAAAAUCUAGAGAAUGAAUACUAUGCUUUGACUUUGAGAAUUGGAACUCCCUUAUAAUUAAUACAACUCCUUGUUGAUACUGGCUCUAGCGUAAAGAAUUAUAAAUUAUGAAGAUAUUGUGGUUGGCCAAUUACACAUGCGAGAAUUGUUCUAUCCUCAAUCGAUAUAAACCAUAUUUGUCAUCAACAUAUAUAGAUUUAAAUUAAACUUAUACAUAAACCUAUGGAUAAGGAGAAUGCUCAGGUUAAUUUGGACAAGACUUAUUUUCAAUUGCUGAUACACCAAUCAAUACAAACCUCAAAUUCCUAUUGGCAAAUUAAGUCUCUAAUUUAUCUGUACAUCUAUACGCAUAAUAAAGCUAUAAAAAACAACAUCUGGAAUUAUGGGGUUAUCUAAUUGGGAUGAGCAUACCAACAUCUUUGAAUCCGCAUAUUCAAAUGGCUAAAUUCAGUCUCCUCUAUUUGGAUUCUAGUUCUUGAAUUCCACUCGCGGAUCCUAAUUAUUUUAUGGCCAAUUUAAUUAAUCUGUCCUUGAUGAGACCAUUUGGCUUAAAACUAACAUGAAAAAAAUGUGGGUAUUCUUCUCUACUAAAAUUAGUCAACCUAAAUUUUGGGAGUCCAAAUUAAUGAGGAUGAAUAUAUAUACUUUGAUGAUCAUAGUAGUAUCUUUGAUUCAGGAACUACUUGUUUAUUAUUAGAACAAAAUGUCUACAACAAAAUUUACAAUGAUUAUCUUAAUUGUAAUUUAGAUUGUGAUUGUAAUAAAGUGUAUCCUAAUCUUACAUUCUUUUUUGAGGGUGCUAAGGUAACUGUACCUGAUACUGCUUAUAAAAGAUAUUUAUAUAAUGGAUCGUGUUCAAUGUGUAUUGGUUAGGCAAAAUCAACUAAUAUUCUUGGAGAUCCAUUUAUGAAAUAAUUUAUCUCUAUUUUCAACAAGAAAGAAUAGCUUAUUGGAUUAUAUUAGACUCAAAAGAUGUUCAAUCUUAGAUAUUGGUACUUUUACCUUGCUUUGGGAAUAUAACUACUGUUCAUUUGUGCAUUAGUAUACUACUAGGUACAAAGAAAAAUAUUAGCUUUAGAGUGA